AUGAAGUUCUCAAUCUUUCUUCUCUUUCUUCUGGCUACAAGUCAAGUUACUUUAGCGGCAUCUACUACUACAGUGGAUGUUACUGAACUUCCUUCAGAUAUCAGUCUUGAGAUCCGAUCUCCUAAUCCGGCUGACGAGCCCCCUGGCGAUUCUAGAGCAGAGGGAUACCAGGGUCUGGUUGUCUAUAUCAUAAUGGGCUCGCGUCUUGCUCGACAAGUCUGUGAAUAUACCGGUGGCAGUAGAUGUGAGGAACUAUCUUAUAUUAUUUCAGACGGUCUACUCUUGGCCUAUGUUGCUGCCGCCCACUACUCUGGAUCUGUUCCCGAAGGUCUACCGGGUAAGCGUCACGUCGAUGUUUCCCAGGACUAUUUCCGGCUGUGGGAGACUAUGCUGUCCAGUAGUGAUAAUAUCUCCUACGAAAAUCUCGCUCCUCUCUCGAUUUCCUCGGAUACUGCUCCCUUGGCUAGACGCCAGGGCGAGCCUUUACCAAUCCACAGAUUCCAGAUUACUGGUUUCGCCCUUGAGGACUCGCCGAAGUACGAUAUCAUCGCCAAUCACUAUAAAAACGGCGACACCGUUCUUUAA